CUGCAAUCAGGCAUCGACUCUCGUGCUGCGUUCCGAAGUGUUGGUGGUGUUUGCGACGUAACAGUGACAGAUUCCGUAGAAAAAAAUAACCGUGACGUCAGUGUGUAACUAGUCCGGUGUUAAUUUGUGGCAUUCAGUUGUCUCUACCUGCUGACCGCGGCCGUCUAGUCGUUCAGAAAAGGGACUAAUCAAAUUCGUGAAGCCUCUUCGGCAUCAGCUUGAGUAUACGGUUGUGUGUUUUGUGCUGCUGUGACAAUUUGGGACGCGUUAGUUGUGUGAUUUCUUAAAUUUGUGAUUACUGAUGCAAUUUAUCGGAUAAUCGUUUAAUCCAGAGUAUCGCUAAAGGGCAGUUGAACCGUUAAAAGCUAAAGAAAGGUAAAUUUAAGCGAACAACGCGCGGUAGAAAAGUGAAUUUUUCUUUACCCUGAGCGGACGAGAUUCGACAAGCGUUUGGCAAAGUGAAGCGAUUGAUGCGACGGUGACGGUAGCAGCGGUGUUGAGAGUUUAGAGCGCGGGAAUCUUCGUCUGCUUUGCGAAAAAUAGAAUAUUAACCAACAACAAUCGGUCGCUGUGACAAGAUAAACAAAAACAAUCGAACAGUGUUGGAUUUUGUGUUUUACCGUCGCUAGGAGUGAGUGCAUUUUUGCGGAUCUUGUUCCACUGAUGGCGCUUGGUUUGCUGUUUGUUUUUUUCGCGUUUUAUGCUGAAAAGUAGUUUGCAGAAAAUUUUCACGGUGUGGGAAAAGAAAUUAGUUUAUUACUGGCAAGAGUUAUUGACAUCCGUGAGAGGUACAUUGUAUUGCGACAACUUGAAAACUGAAUCGCCACCGCCAUGCCACGAUUGAAGAAGAAAGAUGAACUUUCACCAGCGGCCGAAGCAGUUCAAACGCUGACGGCCGGUCGCUCCAGGCGGACAAUUAAACCGAAUCGAAAAUAUCUCAACGACAGUGUCGUGUUGGCUACCGCAUCCAAGAAUUCGUCUCGUUCAAGCAGUCCGGACAGUGAAAAUAGCGAGGACGAAUACCGCCAGGGUGAUGAUGAUGAUGAAGAGAUCUUAUCGAAAUCGGCUGCCGGACGAAAGCCUGUGGUUGUGCCGAAAAAAACUGCCAGUACCGUUACUAGUCCAAGCAGUAGUGCACCAACCGGUACGGGUAGACCCCGCGGAAGGCCUCCGAAGCAUGGUGUUACAAAAAGUGCUACCAAAACGGAACCGAUUAAGAAUUUGCGAAAGGAAGUCUUGAAAAAGAUGGACUUGACAACGUUAAAUAUGGGUAAAGCUCGGGUAGUGCUGACACCGAUGAACAAGCUGGAUAUUAAACGCAAAUUGGACCUGGAUCAAUCGUUGGAAAAAGGUAAACAACCUAUCAGAGGAAAAGAAUUGCAAAAGGAAAAGCCAGCUAUUAAAGCAAUCGAUGAAAAGGAAAAACCACCUGUUAAGGCAAUCGAGGAAAAGGAAAGGCCAAAACUUGAUGUACGAGGUAUUCGCAAGAAGCCAGUUGAAAGUCCCGUACAGCCAAUUCGUAAAAAGCCAGCUGAAAGUCCCGUACAACCGAUUCGCAAGAAGCCAGUUGAAAUCCCCGUACAGCAAGUUCGGAAGAAGCCAGUUGAAAGUCCCAUACAGCAGCAAAAAGCAGCGGUUGUACAGAGCAAAGUAAUCAAUCCGGUUGCUUUGAAGAAACGGCAGGUUGAAAAGACGAUAUUGGACAAUCGCGGCCGUCGUCAGGAACCAAUAAAUUCUAGCGAGGAUAGUGAUGAUGAUGUUCAGAUAGUGGGAAUUAGUCGCGAAACGGCUCCUUUCCUGGGCAGAAAAUCAAUGAGGAAGAGUCCAUUGAUUACUAAACAGGUUUCUCCGCUCGGUUCAAAGACAGUAGUAGCGCGACCACCCAUCCCGAAUAAAGCAACACCACUGUCGUUAGCAAGUGCAACUCAGAAAAGAAAGCUAAACGAAACCGACGAAGAAAAGCGACAAGUUGACAAGUUUGUAAAGGUUGAUCCAAAAGGGCGUCCAUCCAAGGCGGCUAAGCUUUCCAUCACUUUAGACUCCGAUGACGAUGAGGAUACCGAAGAUGACGAACCUAUUCGUAGGUCUACUCGGUCUAGUUUUCCCUCGGACAAGAGUUCCGCUGCUUCGACGCCUCAAAAUACUACCGCUGCCUCCGCUAAAGCGAACGAUUCACCUGCAUCAGCUGGUGGCAAAAUAACCAAGAGUAUCGAAACACCCAAAACUAACCUGUCCAGAACGGUGAGUAUGCCAGCGUUAGAUAAAAGUAAAACUGUAGUGGCAAAACCAGCACAAGUACCGAUCGCUAAAACAGCUGCCCUGUCAAAACCGGUAGCUCAAUCUACUCCCAAACCAACGUUCGGUGGAACUCUAGCUGAGAAAAAAAGCAAAUCAGAGCUGAAUCUCGUCGAUCCCAUUCGAUCGGUCAGCAAGGGGCAAAAAGAAGCUGACAAAAGCAAAAUAAAAAAUGCCACCAUCAGGAUCGUCGAUAUCGGGGAUAUUAUGAAAAAGAAGUCGGCCAGUACUCCCAACAUUCACAAGGUCGGUGUAGCUGGGCAGAAGUUCCAAGAGGACAAUUCGGACGAUAGCGAAGACUCCGUUAAUUCUGACGAGGAUGAUUCAUCAGAUAUGCCAAAGACCAACGACCAGCUGGUGGCGACUAUUUUAGAACGAAAGCGACCAAUCAAUCUGGACCAUUUGCGAACGAAUCGACCUGUGAAACGGGGACGACCACCCAUUGUAGGGAAGCAAAUGCAGGUGAACAAAACGACUCCGAAACCAGCUCGUCAAUCUUACGUUAAUCUGACGGACGACGAUGAAAUUGAUUUUGAAGAUAUGUUGCAGACCAACAUUGUCACGGCUAAUACAGUACAGAAGGGAGCGACUCCUAAAGUUAUAACCGAUCGUCGAAGGCAAUCGCAGCCAGGGGGUUCCGAUGAGAAUUCUGUCAGAAGUUCCGCAACUGGAACGGUGCCAUCGAACAAAAAUGUGAACGCUUCCAACAACAACAACAACUUGUACAAAACGAACAACAACGGCCGGUUCGGUUCGCAAAGUUCCCUCAAUCGAUCCGGUUCUGCUAGUCCGCAGAAAAAUCCACCACGAAUUCUCAACUCUACUAUGAAGCUAGGCGACAGCCGACCGUUUGCCAAGUUGGUCACGAACAGUGGCAACAAGCACUACUCGAUCGAUUUAACCGAUCCGGAUAACAACGUGAAAUUGAUAGCAUCACACGAAUCGCCACCCCAAUCGCCCCUCAAGCGUUCACCGACAAAGACCGUUCCUCGGCCGAUCGUGGCAUCGACCGGGUUGCGUAACGCAUCCAACGCGCUGAAUAAACCGGUUGGUGGUGCAGUGCAGCGAUCGAUCUCUUCGCUUACAAGUUCCGCCGGUAGUAGUCCCAAGAUGAAGAAGAUUACUUGCUACGAAACAUGGUACGUCAUCAACAUCCCGAAUAACGAAAACAAACCGGAGAAACCGUCUUUCGCCAUGUCCAUGAUCGGACUGGGUAAUGUGGCGGCUCAGGUCAGUCUGCCUUCGGAUGAGUGGUCCCACAAGAUUAUUCUGACCAAGCGGAAAGUUAUCCCGCUGGAGGGGGACGAAGUAUUCAACGGCGACGUUGAAGAUCGUGCGAUCAGUGAGGAUGAGAAACGAAACUACGAACCAUGCAAUAUCAUGUUCCGGCGGAAAACGGCCACCCCGGGCAAAUUUAAUCUGCAGUACGAUCGGGCGGUAAUUUUCAAAAACGACACAUUCUUCAUCAACGUCGACGGUAAGAAUUGUCAGCUCGUUGGGGCACCCUCGAAGCUGGACGGUACCGAAGAUAUUGAAACGUUGCUUUCGUUGGUGGAUUACGUCAAUCUGAAGAACACUUGCGUAGAACUCUCGACGGCUUAGGUCGGUGGUACGUGCGUUUUAUCGUACACUGUAAAUAGCUUUGAAACCAAGCAGCAUACCCCCCUCAUCAGCAGUACAGGCCGUACAUAUGCAGCGAAUAAACCCGUUUUGAUUUAUCGUGACUAGCAGUGGGUUGUGCUCGAAAGAGUAUCCAUUUAGAGGUUACUGAAUUCAUCGAGCACGAAAAUUUUUGAUUGCACGGACCAUUUAAAAUCGUUAUAUUUUGAAAGUAAAUGUAACCCUUUGCUAUUAUAAGUAAAUAUAUCUUGUUUUGUAAAUCUAAAGUUUCAAAGAUACUAACAGCUGCAACAUUAAAUUAUGUACAUACAUAUGGCGAGUCGAUGUUACGGCUAAAUACUUUUUCUUCAAAUAGAAAUCUGCACGAAGCUGUGUUUUUGCAAAAAAUAAUCUAUAGCAGUAGAUUUUAAGCUUCAAAGGUUACAUGCGGGAUACUAUUAAAAAAAAAUGUAACAUCAAAUAAAACUUUAUUCAGUUAUCAAUAAGAAAA